AUUUCAUUAAGAAACGCGUCUGCGCUGUGGAUCUACAUAUCUUGCCCUUGUUCCUUGCCCUUGGUCUCUGUAUCAAUCUGGUAUAGGACUUGCAGAACGCUGAGGCAGAUAGUCAUACAUCAUGGCAAAAACCCGUGCACCAUAUAUCUUGCUGGGAAACAUCCUUCCGUUCCUACUGGCAACUAUCUUCUACUUUGGCCGAGUCUACAGUCGAGCAUUGAUUCUACGAACUUUUGGCUGGGAUGAUUGGCUUCUCACUGUUGGAUGGCUCGCCGCUCUGGCCAACUGCAUAAUGGCUUGUUUGUUGACCAAUUACGGUGGUGGCAUGCACGAGGCCGAUGUGCCAUUCUCCACCAUCAUACCCUCUCUCAAACUUCUCUACGGCACACUCAUCGCCUAUCAAAUCUCGAUUUGCUUCACGAAGCUGUCUCUCUGCGCGCUAUACCUCAAGGUCUUCACGACAAGUCGCUCUGGCCGGAUCUUCUUGUACAGCGUUUUUGGCUUCGUGGUAAUCGCGACUGUUUGUCUUGAAUGCGUAUCCAUCUUCCAAUGCAACCCUGUCAGAGGCGUUUGGGAUAUCAACAUACACAAGAAGUGCAUCGACACCAUUCCGGCUUUCUAUACUUCGACAGUUGAAAGCGUUCUUGUGGAUAUACUCCUCAUUGCCUUCGCUGCACCCAAGAUCAUGAGACUCAACCUUCAUGCACGCCAGAAGUACGCCCUUCUUUUCACCAUCUGCCUGGGUGGUGUUCCCAUCAUCGCCAGUAUCAUCCGAGCAGUUCGAGUCAGCAGCAUUCUACACGCCGAGGACAAGACUUGGGUCUCCUUCGACUCCUCCAUCUGGAGUGCAGUGGACGCCAACGUGUCCAUUAUCUGUGCAUCCGUGCCAUCUCUCAAGCCACUUCUCAGACAAAUCGCUCCUGGAUUCAUGGGCUCUACAUUCGGUACUUCUGCACCAGGCACCAGUGGUCAAUACGGAAACACAAGAAAAUCAUGGCUCGACAAGUCCUUCGGUGGCAGAGGAUAUGAACUACACAGUACGCCUCAGUCCGAAGCACACAACGGCAGCCAACUUGAGCUUGCCGGCAACGCAGGACGGAGCGACUGGGCGAUCAAGAACGGUGCGGCUGAUGAUGAUGCGGUCAGCGAGGACAGUAUACAAGGAGGCCCCACGAUUACGAAGAGCGUCACAGUCGCGAUCACCAGAGUUGAACCUGGAUCUGUAUGAGAUGAUUCCAGGCAACCCAACUUAACGACGACACGACUUAAUAAUUCUGUACAUAUAUACAUAGAAUAUACCCUUUGUCAUGAGAUCAAUG